AUGACUGAUAUUCUGAACAGAAGUGUCUGUGAGGAUGAGAAACUCUCCUACAAGUUUGCAAAAAAAGGGAAUGUGGGAGGGGAGUUACCCCAAGCAGAUGACUUUAGGCAGGAAAUGUUUCAAGCCAGUUUUAUGACAAUGGGCAAGGGACCCAGCAGCCCUCGCAGGCGGGGCACGGCGGCGCUAGGGGCCCGGGGGCGGGUGCCGGGCUGGGGCGGGGCGGGCUCCUCAGGGGCGGACCUAGGAAGGGCGCCUGGCUGCGCCGCGUCGCUGUGCCUGGCUGUGGCCGUGGCCGUGGCCGUGGCCGGGGAGAUGCGGCCCCUGGCCUGGGCGACGGCCGUGCUGCUGGCUUGGGCCCCAGUUCCUGAAGUCUGUGGGGCCCUCAACGUCACUGUUUCUCCAGGGCCUGUGGUGGACUUCCUGGAAGGGGACAAUGCCACUCUUUAUUGCCAUGUGUCCCAGAAGCGCCGGAGAGACAGCCUGUUGGCUGUGCGCUGGCUCUUUGCAUUAUCGGAUACCCAGGAAACGUUGAUGAUUAAGAUGACCAAGCUGAGUGUGGUGCAGUAUUACGGCAAUUACAGCCGCAGGGUCAACAGGCAGAGGCUGCACCUCCUUGAAGAACAGCGUGGGGCACUGUACAGGCUCUCGGUGUUGAUCCUCCGGUCCACGGAUCAGGGCCACUACAUCUGCAAAGUCCAGGAAAUUAGCAGGCACAGAAAUAAAUGGAUGGCAUGGUCCAAUGGCUCCUCAGCUACGGAAAUGAGAGUGAUUACCGUAAAAUCUUCUGAAGAUUCGUCUUUUGGGAAAAACAAAGAGGCCUGGGCUAUUUUUCAAGAUCUCUACGUGUAUGCUGUCCUCGUGUGCUGUGUUGGGAUCAUCAGCAUUCUUCUGUUCACUUUGAUUAUCAUCUGGCAGUCAUUGUUCAACAAAAAGAAAUCCCGAGUGAAACAUUAUUUGGUGAAAUGUCCUCAGAACAGCUCAGGGGAGACUGUCACCAGUGUGACUAACUUGGUCCCAGUGCAGCCCAAGAAGGGCAAGCGGAGGAAGGAGAAGGCUGAUGUUCCUCCAGCAAUUCCAGCUAAAGCACCAAUAGCCACCACCUUCCAUAAGCCGAAGCUGCUGAAGCCUCAGAGGAAAGUCACGCUGCCAAAAAUUGCUGAGGAAAGCUUGACCUACGCAGAGCUGGAGCUGAUUAAACCCCACCAGAAAACCAAGGGCCUCCCCACCAGCACGGUCUAUGCCCAGAUUCUCUUUGAGGAGAACAAGUUGUAA